AUGUCGGAUUUCGACCAAAGACCCGUGGCAUCACGGGGCAGAAGCUCUACCAGAGGCGGCCGUGCCUCGCAUCCCAGAGGUCCUCCUCGCCAAUCUCAAACUUCCUCCAACGCAAACUCGUCGUCGGUGCAGUUCGACGAUGCCUUCGACGAGCAGGGCGAGUUGGGUAACAUGAAGAAAACUUACUCGACCCAAUUGAGCUUUAUGCGCGACAUGUUCCCAGACUGGACCGACGACGAUCUAGUCUUUGCCAUUGCAGAGGCCGACGGUGAUGUUCAGAUUGUCAUUGACAGAAUUACUCAGGUCCCCAAGAAGGGCAAGGAUAGAGCGCGCUCAAAGGCCAAGGAGUCCUCAGCCGCUGCCGGCGCAGAUCAGGCCACCACCCCACUCCGUGGUGGCCGUGGAAGAGGUGGCUUCGAGAGCUCCAGAGGUGGCAGAGGUCGCGGCACCGAUCGCGGUCGUGGAGGUUUCAGAGGCGCUCGCGGUGGCCAUGCCGCUGUGACCGACUCUUUCCCCAAAGACACUCCCGCCGUGUCUGUUCCUACCACAGAGUCUCCUGCUUGGGACAACGUUGCCGCCGAACCCGCCGCUCCGCUCGCCUGGGACACCCCGGCUGUCACCGAAACAGGUGCAUGGGGCAAUGCUGCCGCCGCCGACUCUACCCCGACCACUGUUCCCGACCUCGCACAGGCCGCCGCCGCAAUUCCUGAAAGCUCGGGCAAGAAGACAUGGGCCAGUAUGUUCGCCAAGCCCAAGCCUCCACCUGUACCUGUCGUCCCGAAGCAACCCACCCAAGCUGCAGCUCCUGCCGCCGCCGCUGUCGAAUCCACACCUGCUUCUGCAGAAUUGCCCGCGCAGGUCGAGUCUUCAUCUGUUGCUCCUCAGGAGACCAUUCCCGAACCGACACAGCAGCUCGAGCCCGAGGUCGCACCAGCAGCAAUUGAGGAGCAGCCCACAGAGAUCGAACAGACCGAGACGGCUCCUAUUGCUUCUGAGCCUUCGACCGCAGCUGCCGAGCCCUCUGCUUUAGCCCAAGAGGCCGACCUUUCAUCCGCACACGCUCCUCUGACUGAGGACAACCUUGAGCACCUUCCCGAUACUUCGAUCAAGCCCGCAACCCAGACUGUCGCCAGCACUGUUGGUUCGAUCGACCCUCGUGUGGCCACCCCUGCCACUUCUCAACAAGCUCCCAUCGGCCGCCCUCCCAUGGGUGGCUACGCAGCCAGCGCGUACAGAGCAGCUGGCACACCUGGCCGCAACUCAAGCUACCAGCGUAGAGUGCUCGAGCAGCAAGAGGCUGUUGUCAUGCCUGGUCACAACGCAGUCGACAGAGCUGCAGUACAGUUCGGUAGCAUGGGCUUGAAUGGCGAACCCGACAGCCUCGACGUGGAUGAGGAAAGAGAGGAGCCCGAGACACGCNACUCAGCCUCCCCAACAAUCUCCUCCCUCCCAGCCCAGAGCCUCGCUGCCUCCUGCCCCAGACAGGCUGCUCUUUCUCAAGAGUCUUCGAUCCACGACAACCUGCCCACUCCCAAGCAGGCCCCUGGACUCCCUCCCGUCCCUCAGCAAUCCUUCGGUGGUCACCAGGAUGCUUCGCCUAUUGGAUCCCUUCCUCACGAGUCUUCGCAGUCCCAAGGAUAUGGCCAGUACAGCCGCUACGGCCAGAGUGGUAUGCAACAACCCGACAUGAGCGCACAGUCUCAGAAGUCGUUCGAUCCCUUCAGCCACCAAGCUCCUUCCACUGCCUAUGACCACUAUGCUACCCAGCACUCGGCUCAACAGCACCAGCCUUUCGGUGGUUUCUCCUCUGCUCCUUCCGACUACUCCCAAUACUACACUGCCGACCAACAGAGAAACGCUUACCAAAGCUACUACGGCGGCUCAUACGGCCAGCAGGCUUCGCAAUCGCAGGACAACACUGCCAACCAGCAGCGUUCAACCAGCGGCUUUGGAUCUGCUCCCAGUGACUCGGCCUUCUCGGGCUCUCAAGCCCCUCAACAGGUGAGUCACGCUCAGUCCUUGUACUCUCAGGACCACGAUUCUCAUCUGCCUUCUCAGUCUCGCUAUGGCGAAGCUCCUGGAUCAGGCCACAACACCCCUGCUCCGUCCAACAGCCAGGCUCCUUCUGCCGCUCCUAGUGCAGCAAUGCACCAGCAGCCCCACUCUGGCUACAACCCUGCUUAUCCUUAUGGCCAUCCUUACUACCAGAGCCCCUAUCAUGCGGCCUACCAGAACCAAUUCGGAUACCAGCAGCCUGCAUAUGGCAGUCCCUUUGGAGGCAAGGGCGCCAUGUACGGACAGCCUCACGGCUAUGGCAUGAACUCGGCUUCAUCUUAUGAUCAUUCGGCAUCGCCCGCAAAUGCUGGUGGUUUCAAUGCACAGCCCUCGAUGCAGUCUCGUGACACUGGCAUCAGUAGCGGUCUCGGCGACUAUGGUCGUACUUCCGCUCAGCCUUCGAACCUCAGCAGCGGCUUCGGUGGCAUGUCGGAGCCCUUUGGCCGUAGCCAGUCUGGUUACCAGGGUCAAUCUCAAGGCUACGGCCAGCAGCAGAGCACUGGUCAGGCUGACGACCUGAAGCCCUUCGGAGAAUCAAAGACCAGCGGCCCAACCCCUGGACUCGGUCAACCCGGCAGACCCAGCUCGGCUGCCAACAGCGUCGGCGGACAAACUCCUUCGACCACAUUGCCCCCUCCUCAGAGCCACCAGGCCGGCUUUGGCGGAUACCCCGGCUUUAACAGCCAAUACGGACUCGGUGGCCUCGGCGGACAGAGCCACCAGCAGCAGCAGCAGCAGCAACAGCAGCAACAGCAGCAGCAGCAAGGCGGAUACGGCGGUUACGGUAGCGGAUUUGGAAACUCUUACUACGGAGCACGUGGUGGUUGGGGCGGAAACUACGGUGGUCACUAA